AUGGGACUUCCACCUGUGAUCUGGUCAACGGGAGGUGUGCUCGCCUUGGCAGUAUGCAGGAGCAGGCUAGCUGCCUGGGGUCGGCUUCGAGGGGCCUUCCGGACUCGACACAACAAUUUCCAAGGAUUUCUGCGAGCUUUGGAGGCGUUCAUUUCAAGUCGCAUCCAGCGCGAAGAGAGAGACGAUCGCUCUGAGUUCACGAUCAACUACAAACUUCUCUUCGAUGCAGACCCCUGGGCCGGGUGGAAGUGCUGGAAGCUUGUCUUCAUCAUGUUGCAGGCUAUCACAUCGGGGUCAAUGGCAUCAUGCAUCACAUCAGUACUCCCGUGGCGCUGGAGAUGCCCUCCGUGA